AUGUUUCCACCGAGACUUGAACCUAGGAAUGAGCAUCGGAACCCGGUACCCUUUUUUGGAAUCGGAACCGCCUCGGAACUGCCGUUUUCUGGAACUGGAACUGCCUUAAGCGGUUCCGGUGUCCGUCAAUUGACAUUUGGGUUAGUUGGGGUAUCGUCCGAUUCGAACCUGAUGGCUACAACUGCGCAGGUGGCCAACAGCGUCGGAAUCGGAAUCGGAAUCGGCAUUGACGUCGGAAAAAAUAGUCUCGGUAGCCGACCGACCUCUACUAGGUCCAGUCCCUCAACAAUCGCUAACGGAAUCUUUUUCGGAUUGAACAGCCAACGCGCUAGCUCUCUUCGGUAUGAUUCGGUCGCUGCCAUCGGUGGCCGGUUCCCAAAUUACCACCGUUCUCAGCCACCGUCGUUAUCAGUAACCGUUAAGGCUUACUCUGCUGAUCAACCUACUUCUCCAGGUGUUGAAAAUUUGGUGAUUAUAGGUUCAGGACCUGCUGGUUACACAGCAGCAAUCUACGCAGGUCGUGCCAAUUUGAAGCCUGUAGUGUUUGAGGGAUAUCAAGUAGGCGGUGUUCCAGGUGGACAAUUGAUGACCACCACAGAAGUCGAGAACUUUCCAGGGUUUCCAGAAGGUAUCACUGGUCCAGACCUGAUGGAUAGGAUGCGAAGUCAAGCCGAGCGUUGGGGAGCAGAGCUUUUUCAAGAAGAUGUUGAAUUUGUUGAUGUGAACACCAGUCCUUUCACUGUACAAAGUAGUGAUCGCAUAGUAAAGUGUAACAGUAUCAUAGUGGCCACAGGGGCGACUGCCAAAAGGCUUAAAUUACCUCGUGAAGAUGAGUUCUGGAGUAGGGGAAUCAGUGCCUGUGCAAUCUGUGAUGGAGCUUCACCAAUUUUUAAGGGUCAAGUUCUUGCUGUUGUUGGAGGAGGUGAUACAGCAACCGAGGAAGCAAUCUAUUUGACUAAAUAUGCAAGACAUGUACAUUUACUUGUACGCAGGGAUCAGUUAAAGGCAUCACGAGCUAUGCAGGACAGAGUUUUUGAUAAUCCAAAUAUCACGGUGCAUUUCAACACAGAGACAGUUGAUGUUGUGAGCAAUAGUAAAGGGCAGAUGUCUGGUGUUUUGACCAAAAGACUUGAUACAGGAGAGGAAUCAGUAUUAGAGGUCAAAGGAUUGUUUUAUGGAAUUGGUCAUUCUCCAAAUAGUCAAUUGCUGGAAGGUCAAGUCAAACUUGAUGAUACUGGAUAUAUUUUGGUUGAAGAAGGCACUGCAAAGACUUCAACUGAAGGAGUGUUUGUUGCAGGAGAUGUUCAGGAUCAUGAAUGGAGGCAAGCCAUAACUGCAGCUGGAUCAGGGUGCAUUGCUGCUUUGUCAGUGGAGAGAUAUCUUGUCAGCAAUAAUCUUCUUGUUGAAUUUCAUCAGCACCAUGGUGAAGAAGGUGAACAAGAGCUCACAACAAGUGAUGAAAAAGAAGGAUUUGACAUUACACUUACAAAGCACAAGGGACAGUAUGCAGUGCGUAAAUUGUACCAUGAAAGUCCGAGGUUGAUUUGUGUGUUAUACACAGCACCCUCAUGUGGUCCAUGUAGGACAUUGAAGCCAAUCCUCAGCAAGGUGAUAGAUGAAUUUGAGGAGAAUGUCCAUUAUGUUGAGAUUGAUAUAGAAGAAGAUCAGGAAGUUGCUGAAGCAGCAAACAUCAUGGGUACGCCAUGUGUCCAGUUCUUCAAGCAUAAAGAAAUGAUCAGGAGUGUAUCCGGGGUCAAAAUGAAGAAAGAAUAUAGGGAGUUUAUCAAAGCAAACAAGCUUAUUAAAAUCUGA